CGGGAUGCAGUGGGCCGUAGGUCGGCGGUGGGUGUGGGCCGCGCUGCUCCUGGCCGCCGCGGCUGUGCUGGCGCAAGUGGUCUGGCUGUGGCUGGGGACGCAGAGCUUCGUCUUCCAGCGCGAAGAGAUCGCGCAGCUGGCUCGGCAGUAUGCGGGGCUGGACCACGAGCUGGCCUUCUCUCGGCUGAUCGUGGAGCUGCGGCGACUGCAUCCAGGCCAUGUGCUGCCCGACGAGGAGCUGCAGUGGGUGUUCGUGAAUGCGGGUGGCUGGAUGGGCGCCAUGUGCCUUCUGCAUGCCUCGCUGUCCGAGUACGUGCUGCUCUUCGGCACCGCUCUGGGUUCUCGUGGCCACUCUGGACGGUACUGGGCUGAGAUCUCAGACACCAUCAUCUCUGGCACCUUCCACCAGUGGCGAGAGGGCACUACUAAAAGUGAGGUCUUCUAUCCAGGGGAGACGGUGAUGCACGGACCUGGAGAGGCCACAGCUGUGGAGUGGGGGCCAAACACGUGGAUGGUAGAGUACGGCCGGGGCGUCAUCCCAUCCACCUUGGCCUUCGCGCUGGCUGACACCGUCUUCAGCACCCAGGAUUUCCUCACCCUCUUCUAUACUCUUCGGGCUUAUGCCCGGGGCCUCCGGCUUGAGCUCACCACCUACCUCUUCGGCCAGGAACCCUGACCAGCCCAGCUUGAAGGAGGGGCUGUGGAUGGACAGACGCGGGCAGGCCCGUAUGCAUCCACUUCCGGGAGCCCCUGUGCACACACAGGAACACACUCAACCCAUGCAGAUACUCAGUUCCUGGUGUGUCAGCAGGGGCAUACAUGCUUCUACAUCCAAACACGGACACCCACGGGAACACAUGUAACUGAUGCUCUGGUGGGAGCAGCAGCCCUGCCCUCAUGCCCAUCAGGAGAGGAGCCCCAUACAUAUUAAGGGGGCCAGGCCUGUUCAACCGGAGACAUUGCUUCACUCACUAACUCAGGCCUUCCUACAUUUAGCUUCCCAGCCCCAGUCAGGGCGCUGGAGUUAGGGAGAGGGGUGGGCCUUACACGCUGCCUGGGUUUGACCUCUCGCCCUAGCGAGUAGUGAAGGGGAAGAGGACCUGCCCUUGGGGCCCACCUUUCCCUGCAGCUCUGAUGCCCUCCCCCUAUCAUUGCCCCUGCUCUCACCAUAUGCCUUAUCCCCAUUCUAUUCCCCUGCUAUGCAAGUAGCCCACGGCUGGCCCCCUCUUCCCCAUUAGCCAGAUUAGCUAGAAAACCAGAGGAGAAUGGUGAGUUGGGACCCCAUCUCCCCUUGGUGUAUGAUAGGCUGGCCUCAGCCCAGGGUCCACUACUGGGGAGAGGGCUGUAGAGGUGGGCCUGAGCCCAGGGGACCAUCCUUGGCCUGGAGAAGGCCUGCUGUGCACCCUCAGCACCCCUCCCUGCCCACCCCUCACCUCAGCUUCCAGACACUGCCCCUGCUGCAUUCUCUGUCCGUCGAUGUUAAUAAAGCCCUGUAAACACUUCUA